CUUCACUUUUUUGCUUGUCAUCGAAUCUGCAAUACCCUCUUUUUGUUUGGUCCCAUUAUCGUCUUAUCAUCUUAUGCUUUUUCUCUUUUCACCACUUCAUUAUUAGCAAACAACCAAGUCCAUAAACUUUAUGGCUAAGUUUUGGUAUUUGGUAUGCAUGAUCACAUUCCUCGAGCUGUCAAAAUUGGCUAUUUCCCGGCCUGAACAAGUUCCAACACCACCACUACCAGUGCUACCACUUCCAACAUUUUCACAACUCAAAUGGCAACAAAGAGAACUCAUAAUGUUCCUUCAUUUCGGUGUCAACACAUUCACAGACUCCGAACUGGGCACCGGCAAAGAAAACCCAUCAAUAUUCAACCCCGUCGGUCUCGAUACCAAACAAUGGGUCACCGUAGCUGCCGAGGCAGGGAUUUCUCUAAUGAUCCUCACCGCAAAACACCACGAUGGCUUCUGCUUAUGGCCUUCUAAAUACACCGACCACUCCGUUAUAUCCUCUCCUUGGAGAAACGGCCACGGCGACGUUGUACAAGAGUUCAUCGACGCUGUCAAGACCCAUGGCGGCGGCGGCAUCGAUGCUGGGCUCUACCUUUCGCCAUGGGAUCGUCAUGAUAAAAGAUACGGACAUGAUUUGCAGUACAACGAGUAUUAUUUAGCUCAGUUACAAGAACUGCUUUCUAAAUAUGGGAGUGUGAAGGAGAUAUGGUUUGAUGGAUUCAAGGGCAAAGAAGCUAGGAACAUGUCUUACUACUUCUCUGAUUGGUUUGCAAUGGUGAGAGAGUUGCAGAGUUCGAUCAACAUAUUUUCCGAUGCCGGUCCUGAUGUACGGUGGGUCGGGAACGAAAAAGGAUCCGCCGGAAACACGAGCUGGUCUACCAUAAAUAGUACCUUGCUGUCGAUCGGAAACCUAAGCGUUCUCGACUAUCUCAAUACGGGAGAUCCAAAAGGAACCAAUUGGUUGCCGGCAGAGUGUGAUGUUUCAAUCCGAGAAGGAUGGUUUUGGCAUAAAUCACAAUCACCAAAGAUGUUAAGCCAGCUUCUAGACAUCUACUACAAGUCAGUCGGUAGGAAUUGCGUCAUGUUACUCAAUGUACCGCCCAAUUCAACCGGACUCAUAUCAGAAUCUGAUAUUCAUAGAUUAAAAGAGUUUCGAACCGCGAUCGAUACGAUAUUCUCCACCAAUUUAGCUGAAAAAUGUACUGUUAAAGUUAGCAGCCAGAGAGGAGGAAAAGGCGGUGGGUUUGGUCCAGAGAACGUGUUGGAUAAUGACCAUGUAUGGACGUAUUGGUCACCGAAAGAAAAUAAAAACGAGCAUUGGAUCGAAAUAAAGGUACCCAAUGCCGAAGAAGGAAUGAAAUUCAAUGUGGUGAGGAUUCAAGAACCAAUUGGACUAGGACAAAGGAUCAUAAAGCAUGAAAUAUAUGUGGAUGGUAAGAAAGUGGUGCAAGGGACCACAGUGGGAUAUAAAAGGCUACAUAGACUUGAAAAGGUACUUCAUUGUAGGGUUGUGAGGAUUAUUGUAAAGGAAUCAAAGGGAUUGCCUUUGAUAUCUUCAACUGGUUUGCAUUUAGAUCCUUAUUGGAAACCCUAGAAGUAAUUGGGUUUUCAACAUUAAUAUAGUUUAGUUUUUUUAUUGGAAUAAAGAAAUGGUUUAAUUGUGCUUUAAGUUCUUGUAUUUUUCAUACAUUUCAAAUUUAGUUUCUUUUUAAUUUUUAAUUUUGAGAAAUGUAAUCCUGUUAAAAUUCUCAAUAAUUCAUGUCCAUUAUAAUGUUUGUUCUUUUAUUA